GUCGGUACGAGGAAGCGCGUCUGUUUGUGUGAAAAUGCAAAUCAAGCAAACACCGGACUUUUGCUUGAAAUGAGUCGACUCCUGCAGUCAGUCGGAGUUGAGCGAGAGCAAAAGUCAGUUUCGUGUAGACGUCGCUCGAAGAAAGUCGUAAUUUUCUUGUCGGGUUUAGUUCACUGUGACGUUUGCAGUGUUCAAAGUGUGGAGAAACCACUUGCAUGUUCGGCAAUAAAAAGAGAAAAUCCUCGCAGAAAUAAGGUGUUCCUAGUUGUGUUGCCUGUUUUCGCAAAUCUAAAGGCAGAUUGAUGCCAUGGUUGUGUAUGUCGGCUGUGUUUUGAUCAAUCUAGUGUUGCAAACAGUCGGAUAGGGUAGCGUUCUUGGUUUAUUGAUUUUUCCCGAUUUGUCACUGCUUAGCGGUUGUAUUUUUAGUGACCGGGGUGUAAAUUAGUGUAGCGAAAAUUUCUGAUCGGGUGUGACGUAGCCAUGAUAUCGGAGCGAUCGGCACUCUAGCCCAUUAGUGUAACAAGCAAUCCAGCUAGUGUAGUGUUGUGUGCAAAUAAAAAGUUGCGCUGGAAGAUAUCCCGACCGGAAGAGGGUUGGUCAAGAAAAAAAUAUAGAAGAGAUAAAGAGCAGACAGCGGAAGGUUAGCCUGAGGCAGUGAGAGUCCUGGCUCCUGCCGCUAGUUAGUAGUGCAUUUCGACUAAAAGUGAUCACAAAACAAUGGAAUAAAUAUCAUCGAAUCUCAUACGCAGCAAGUAAUCUCAAUCGAAACAAAUCUCAAACGGAAUAAUCAUGUGGAUUCCAACGAGCAACAAAUUCGGAGUCGCCAUCCACAACUGGCACGGUCACGUCACGCACGGGCUCGCACUGGACGUCGGAGAUUUUGUCGAAAUACUGGAGGAAACGACACACUGGUUUCGGGGUACCUGUCCGCGAAAACCGCGCAAGGUUGGCCUCUUCCCGAAAACGUACAUCCACCUGAAAGACCUCGCCAAGCUGGACCCGGUGGUGGCCGAGUGUACCCUGGUGCUGCGCGAGUGGUCCGAAAUAUGGAAGAAACUGUUUGUGGAACGCGAGGAAUACAAAUUCACCUCACUGCGGAAGGUGAUGCUGGCAUUGCUGGAAAGCCGGCGGGAGCUGCUGAGCGCCACCCUGACGCAGGAUCAGACGUACGAUCUGCAGAUGAAAGUGAUCUCAAAGAUCGAUUGGGGAAAUCGGUGA